AGGUAAUCAAAUUACAUUACUAAUCAAACGAUUUUUCAAGAGAUCGUUCGACUAUGAGCGCUCUGAAAUUUAGUAAGUUUGAAUUUUUUUAAUUUACAACGUUAUUAGUACAUGCAAUAUAUAUUUGAUUUUUUUUUUUUAGUAGUCAUCUUGGCAUUCGCCAAUUUCGUCUACUGUGACAAUAAACUAGUAUUUCCAGAAAACUUUUUGUUCGGUGCCGGCAGUAGCGCAUACCAAGUGGAAGGAGGAUGGAAUGCUUCUGGUAGGUCAUUUUAAUAAUUAAUAUUCAAUAAAAAAAGAAUGCGGUUUUUUUUUUAAAGACAUUAUUUGUUUUAAAACAAUUUUACUUUAUACGUAUAAACAUAUACUAGGAUGAUUCUUAUUAGCGUGAUGGUAGAAAUUUAUUUUGGACGCCCCCUAACUUUGUUCUAAAAAACGAAAUAAAAAUUUUCGAGAAGAAAUUGCUUUAUGAUUUGGGGAAAAAAAAACUUUUUCAAGAAAUAUAUGCCACUUUCUUUUUGUUAAUUAUACAUAUAGCGACAUAUAAUUCUUGAAAAACUUUUUUUUUAGUAAUUUCUUCUCGAUAAUGUCCAUGCAAGAAAAAAAUUUUACCAUCAAUUUUUGAUGCCUUAUGUAAAUAAAAUUCAGAAUAAACUAAAAAAAUGAAUGUAUUUCAAAUGGAAAACUUUACCUUGUUACAGAAAGAUGAAAGAAUUGUCCUAAAAAGCUCAAAUAGGACUCAACAUUUUUAUUUUUAUUUUUAGAACAAAAUUAGGGAGCGGCUAAAGUUGAAUUACACCAUCACUUAAAUAAGAACCAUCCUAAUAUAUACAUACAGUUAUGAUAAAUAAUAAUUAAAUUCUGCUACCUACGAGUCUACGAUUUUUUGCCAAAACACAGGCUUUACAGGAAAAACAAAUUCGCUGAAAUUCAUCGAUUUUUACUUUAAGUAUAUAUUUAAAUAUAAUUUAAAUUUACAUAACCUACGAAUCUACGAUUAUAAAACUAAAAUAGAAAAAUAAUGAAAUGAUUUAAAAAAAUAGUAGGUACAUACUCUAUAUUAUUAUCGAUAGUUAUGAUAAUAUUUACCAAGAAUUAUUUUUGGAAUCGGCAGAGUGUAGCAAAGAAGCUAUAGUUUUACACUUUUAUUAAGAUGUGUUUUAUUGGUUCUUAGAAAAUUUUUUUUUGUUUGCAAAAGUGCUCAGAAUUUUUCUUUAAAAGAUACGUAAUAUUUUCUAAAUGGUAAAAUAUUUGAGACAUUUUUCAAGAUUCCUAAUUUUUGAUCUAAACAUGUAUAUAUAUAUAUUUUAAUGUUUUUUGGGGAAGUAUAUAAUGUAACUACUUUACUCAGUUUCACUACACGAUCUAAAAAAUAUUUCCAAGAUAAAAAACACACUAAUCUCGAAAAUAACAUACACUGUGAGGAAAUGCGCGAGACUUAUUAUUUUUUGCUAAAACACAUGCUUUACAGGAAAAACUUUUAUAACUCGUGAAACUUAAAGUGAACCGAUUUUCGAUCAUAUUUUUUUUUAUUGUAAGACUUCUUACAGGGUUCGUUAAAUUUGGAUUUUAAAAAUUAUAUUCCUAAACGCUGUAAUGUAGAGAAGACCAAUAAUUAUGACCGAUAUUUUUAAAAUUAAUUUAUUUGUGUUUUCGGUUAUAUAUAUUAAUGUAUAGCCAAAAAUUAAAUUCAAAUUUUGUGCAGGAAAUUUUUCUCUUUCCAAAAAAAAGUUAAAAAUAAAUACACCUUAAAUCGUAUCACUCAUCUCGUCUCUCCGAGAUAUGAUCGUUUUUGAACGUUAUGAACUAUAGGAUUAGAUAAAUUAUCAACGAACAUUAGCGGCAAUGUAAGUAAAACAAAUUAUUAUUUUACAAGAGUAGAGAAAAUAUAGUUAGUUAUAACUAAUACUAUUGUAUCAAAAAAAAAAAAAAAAAAUUAGAGUUAUAAUAAUAUCAUUUAGUUAAUUACGUUUAUUUUAUUAAUGUUUUUAAACAAAUUAUUUCCAGCACUGUUUCGUUGAACUAAAAUAACUAUACGCCUAGGUAUGAUAAGUACAACUAGUUUUUAACUAAAAUUCAUCAUAACAUAUUGCGUGUUAAUAUUCACAAUGAUUGGUUCCAUUUUUCGUGUAAAGUUAGUUAAAGAAUGAAUUAAUAGUAAUUUUUGGCGAUUAUUGCUUUUUCGGGUUGAUCGAGUUUUUACAUAAUUUCAUUAAUGAAUUGUUGAAUUAUGCAUACUGAUUUAUAAUUAAAAAUUAUAAAAAAAAUAUCAGGUUGUUGUGUUAAGAACUGCAGUAGUUGAUUAUGAUUUUAAUGCAUUAGUUUUUUUUUUCAUAAGCGUUUUUCGUUCAACAUAUUUUGUCUUACAGAACUUCGUUCCAAAUCGUUGUUCUUUGGCAAUGGUUUAUUGUUGCAUAAAGGUAUAAAUUAAAUAACUUUAUGUAUCCUACCUUCUUAACUUCCCACCUACAACAGUGGCUGCACCCGUCCUCAGUAUCGGUUCGUUUUAUUUUAUAGAUCUAUUUGGUAUUUUCAACAUAGGUAAACUGUGUACAGACACACAUAAUAAAUAUUCCAAUUCCUCCUUGAUUCCAUCCCUAGCAUGAAAUAGCGAUUAGCGAAUAUUCAUAAAGUGCAUCAACUUUACAUGGACAUUCAUUUAAUAGUAAAAUUAAAAAUUAAAUACAUUACAUACUACGAAAACUGUUGAGUUUGAAAACGGUUCUAUACGAUAAUUUAAGAAUAAUGUUCGUAGUACAACACUAAUGGACGGUCCAUAUCAAACGGCCAGUCAGACGGCCUUAGCAAGUUGGCCGUUCUCCUCUUAUUUCGGCUGUCCAUUGGUAACUGAAACACUAAAACGAGUCCGCGUUUCUAAUAUUCGAGCAUACUCGAUAUUUUAAAAACAUUCAUCAGAUCAAUAUAAUAUAAUUAUUUAUAAGUAGGGCUGUAAAUUUAAUGCACUAAUGAACCUUAAAAAAUGCAAUAAAAUAUGCACUUAAAAUGCAAAUAAUGCAUUAAAAUGCCAAAAAUUGUAGUAUAAAAUGCACUUAAAAUGGUUUUUCAUUAAAUUUGUAUAACUAUAUUGAUAUAAGUAUACUAUAUGCAUACAAAUGUAUUUAUUUUUAUUUAAUAAAAAAGAUUAAAUAAUAAUGAUUGAAUUAGAAUUUUGAUUUUUAAGUUGAUUGAUUUAUUUAAGAUUCUAGAAUUCUAGUCACCCGAAACGCUUUUUAAAAAUUCUUUUUUUGUCUUUAUUUUGUUAAAAUAAUUGAUUUCAAAUAUGUUAAUUAACGUAAUUUGAACUAAAAAAGGAAAAUAUGACGUAGAAAGACAAAAAAUGACCUAAAAAAUUUAAAACAUCUAAAAAUGCAAAAUAAAAGUUUCAUAAAUGGAUUUGUUGUUACAUAAUUCAUAUUAUGUACUUAAAAAGCUACGUUUCUCAAUCAACAGAAAAAAAAAGAUUCCUACAAACUCACAGCCCUACUUAUAAGGAAAUUACAAUUUUUGUUAUCUGAUCGAAAAUACAGAAAACCAAUUGUGAAAAAUUAUGGUAUUCUAUGACAUGUUCAGUAUGAUGAGUAUGCGUUGUUUACAAUUUUAUCUUUAAUAAUUUAUAUUGUAACCACUUAUCAAUCAUCAUACUCGCUGAAAUACGUUAAUAGAAAUUCGCUACAGCAUAUUAUGAGGAACUCGCUGAAAUACACUGUUUUAAAUAUGCGGGAAAAAAGGUAAUACACCCGAACGUAUGAUGCCCGAACAUUAUUUAUUAUAUUUUGUUAUUAUAAAAUACUUCAAAAGCAUAAUCGAGAACUAUGAAGUCCAUCUCGUAAUAUGUGAUUAAGAAAAUUAUUAUACUUCCUAACCAAAUUAAUACAAGGUGUCCCAUGAAGAUAUAUCAACUGUAAUAUCUCUGGAGAUAAUAAAGAUAAUUAAAGUCAUAAUUUUACAUUAUUCACUGGGAUAAAAAAAAGAAAUAUUUAUAUUGUGAUUAAUUUUUAUGUUUUAGUAAAAAGUUUAAAAAAUUAUUUUUUAUAUUAUUAUUUCUAAAAAUGUUGGCGUAACUUUUUAUUUUCAUUAAAUUCGUAGUUUUUUAAAAAAAACUCUUUUAAAAAUGAUUGGGGGAAAAUAAAAUAACUAAUUAAUCCUAUCCCUUUCCUUACCACAAUUAUGAAACAAUUUGUUGUUAUUUUUUAUGUAUGGUAAUAUAGGAAAGACCGAAAGUAUUUGGGACGAUUUGACCCACUACAGGAAACAUUUGAUGAUUUUGAAUAGAUUCCACCCACCGGACCAACCGGACAACAACUGCACCGAUAGCAAUGUGACGGUAGCAGCGGCCCCGACUCAAGGUGUAAAUUCGUUUUUUUCUUAUAAUGCAUCAGCCAUACCGAAUAACUCAAAUUCCAAGAAAAAGCUCAUCCAGGAUAUUACGAAAAAGUGGUUUAGCAUGAACUUCACUCAAGCGUUACAGCUCCAGUCACCUGUCCCUGUAAACCACACACUAGAGACACCCACAUCUGAGGAGGAAACCGACGAUGAACUGCUAAAAGUCAAACCAAAAUUGAUCAAGUUCUAUAAGGGAGUGCCCAUUUACGAAACGUUGCCGGACAAAUUGUUCCGCCGAAUUCUCAAAUUGCCGAAAAUCAAUGAAAUGUCCAACGAAGUGUUGUACAGUUUGUACACUGCGGGCGGCGACCUCUCUGACCUGGACACAGACACCGGUGACGUGGCUUGCGAUUCGUAUAACAAAAUCGACGAAGACGUCAAAUUGCUCAAAGACCUCGGGGUAUGCAUUGCAUUACAUUAUGUUUCAUAUUAA